AAGCAUCCUCCGGCCAGAGGCGCGCGGCAGGAGCCGAGAUGCAGGACUGCCUGGGCUGCGCGCUCGCGCUGGGUCUCGCGCUCGCCCUCCCGCUGCUGGUGCUCCUGGCCGCGCCUCGCUUCAGGAAGUAUAUUGCAGGAGGCAAAUGUACGUCUACAGCGAAGCUGAACGGGAAGGUUGUAGUGAUCACAGGCGCCAACACAGGCAUUGGGAAGGAGACUGCCAAAGACCUUGCAGGAAGAGGCGCUAGAGUCAUUCUUGCUUGCAGGGAUAUGGUAAAAGCAGAGGCUGCAGCCAGUGAAAUCCGGACCAAGACAGGGAACCAACAAGUUAUUGCAAAGAAAUUAGAUUUGGCAGAUACCAAAUCCAUCCGAGAAUUUGCUAAGAAUUUCUUGGAAGAAGAGAAAGAACUUCACAUCCUCAUUAAUAAUGCUGGAGUUAUGAUGUGCCCCUAUUCCAAGACAGUGGAUGGCUUUGAAAUGCAGUUUGGAGUCAAUCACCUUGGGCCCUUUCUUUUAACUUUUGUACUGAUUGAGUGCCUUAAGCAAUCUGCACCAUCUCGAAUAGUCAACGUGUCCUCCUGGUCUCAUCGCAGCGGGAGGAUUGACUUUGAGAACCUCCAAGGCGAGAAGAGCUAUAACCGGAGCCAGGCCUACUCCCACAGCAAGCUGGCAAAUAUCCUUUUUACCCGGGAGCUGGCCAGACGAUUGCAGGGCACCAGAGUUACAGCCAAUGCUUUGCAUCCAGGCCCUGUUGCCUCUGAACUGGGCCGUCACUCCACUAUAUUGAUUAUUUUGGGGAAACUGUUGACCUUCUUUUUGAAGACGCCCCAGGAAGGAGCCCAGACUAGUGUCUACUGUGCGGUGGCAGAGGAGCUGGAGUCAGUGAGUGGGAAAUAUUUCAGUGACUGCAAGCCAGCCUACGUAUGGCCUCAAGGACGUGAUGAUGAAACAGCAAGGAAGCUCUGGGAUGUCAGCUGUCAACUGUUAGGCAUUCAGUGGGACUGAAUUGUGGAUGGCCUUACCUUUGACAGAGCUGAAGGCCAAAUAUCUCAUGAUCAUUUAAUACAAAGAAAAACAAAAACGUUUAAGGAUUUAGAGAUUUAGGGUUGUUUCUGUCUGAGUUUGUGUACAAGAUGCUUGUUUCUAACUGAAUAAUAAUGUCUUUUGCAGUUUAAGGCACAAAGUAAAAAAAUUAUGUCUAUGGCCUUUCUCAUCCAAUGUGGAGACUUUUUAGAGAAAGCUGUUUGAGUAUGUUUAACCAAAAUAAAGGGACUAUUUCUUGCAACUUGCAAAA